GUUUAUAGGAACAAGUGAAAAUUUGCACACUUUCAACUAUAAAAUACCAAAAUUAAUCGAUAGACUUCUACUCAUAACCAAAAAGGCGGCAAAUUGUUUGUUUUGAUUCGGUCCACAUUUGCUUCACGCUCGGCAAAUUAUUUGAGAAAAUGGGCAAGAAGGAAACGCGAGCGAGCAAACCAAAAGCUGAUCCGGAUGCGGAGGUAUCUGUCAAAAUGGGCAAGAAGGAAACGCGUGCGAGCAAACCAAAAGUUGAUCCGGAUGCGGAGGGAGCUGCCAAGAUGUCCAAGGCCUCUGCGCUGAAGAAGGUGUUCUUCAUGUCGCAGGAACUGCUGCCCAAAGAUGCGGACGACGGGCACCUUCGGCUGGAGCUGUUUUUCCAUCCGGGACAUGGCAAGGAGGCACUGUUCAUAACCCAUCCCGAUGGCAGAAUGAUGGAGCUGGUGGCGUUCGCGGAACCCCGUCGCAGUUGGUUCGUGGACAGCGAGGUCUGCUCCAAUGGCAGAAUCUACAUGACCGCGCCCGUGGAUCCCACGUUCCUGGCUCUUCAUCACCUCCGAAAACAUUGUGCGCAAAGAGCAAUGUCGCUGGACAACAUUGCCGUGGAGGAGGCCAGCACCAGUCGUCUGCUUAACGAGAUCCUCGACCCAGGGAACCUUAAAUGCGUGACAGAUGUGAAGAGCUCCGGCGAACAGAAGUUCUACAAGUACAACCAAGAGCGCACAUUGGCCUGGUUGGCUCUGAAGACGCGCCAGGUGGCGAAGAUCCUGAAGGAGAAGCAAGUCCACUGCGGCCACAGUGCACAGUCGCAGAAUUUCGUGCGAAGCGAGAAACUGGUUGCUGAGAACGUUAGCAACGAAAUGGACUACACGCGCAUGGCUUGCGAUUUUGUGGGACGGUAUUUGGAUGCGGAUCUGCACGGCCUGCUCACCAGUUACCUGCACAUUCCCAGCGAGAUUCAGGCGAUUGUUGAGGAGAAAGCAGCUGCCCAAAAGCGCAAGUCGGUGGCGGGCAAGAACGAGGGCAGCGACUCCAAGAAGAUCAAGCUAAAUGACAGCGAUGCUGCUGCCAAGUUAAAGUCCAGCGGUCUGGUAGACAGCGAUGGCGAUCCCAAUGCCAGCAUCACAUCGCCCACAGCGGCGCCUCUGAAGGAGCGUACGCUGACCGCCAAGGAGAAGGCCUUGGCCAAAGGAGCCAAGGGCACUAAGAGCAUCGCAUCUUUUUUCAAAGCGAAGUAGAUUCACGUUUCACGGAUCUUAAGAAUAUGUUUUCACUGCUAAUUUUAUACUUAUACCCUAUAUACUAUAAAUUUACACUUUUUUUACAAUAAAUAUAGUACUUCUAAGAAUUAA